AUGGGUAAUUUACGACAUCGUCGUUUUCGUCGUCAAGAAACGGUGCAAGACGAAGACGAUUAUGAAGAAGAGGAAGGUGAAGGUGAAGAAGAUAAUAAUCCACCAUCGACUACUGUUUCAGCAGGCCCUCCACUGACAACUACUGAAAAUCAAUUCGACAAGAUGAAAGCAAUUGGAAAAGAUGCCAUUGAAAAGGUUCCAAUGCCACCAUGGGCUACAAUUAUAAUUGUAAUCGUAGUCCUACUCACAUUAGCUACGUGCUUAGCUUGUUGCAUACGUCGUACAUGUCGAAAAAUAUGGAAAAAGAAAGGUGUCAAAGGUGGCAAAGGAAUCGAUUUACAAGCUGUUAAAACAUUUGGCUUACAUAAAGAAAAGGUCCAACCCGAUGUCGAAGAAUUAACACCAAAUAUGGAAGACAAUGAAGACGCCGAUUCAAAAAAGAGUGAAGCACCUAAUUUAGGAAAGUUAGAAUAUUCACUUGAUUAUGAUUUUCAAAAACAAGAACUUAAAGUUGAAGUUAUACAAGCUCAAGAAUUGCCAGCUAUGGACAUGAGUGGAACAUCUGAUCCAUAUGUUAAAGUCUAUGUAUUACCAGAUAAAAAGAAAAAAUUCGAAACAAAAGUUUAUCGAAAAACAUUAAAUCCUGUGUUUAAUGAAACAUUUAUCUUUAAGAAUUUGGCUUACGGUGAAAUAGGUGGGAAAACAUUGGUAUUUGCUGUCUACGAUUUUGAUCGAUUUUCACGACAUGAUCAAAUUGGUGAAGUACAAAUUGCACUUAAUACAGUCGAUCUAGGAAAAGUUAUAAGAGAAAUUAAAGAUUUAACACCUCCGCCUGGUGAACGCGAAGCUGAAAAUAAAUUGGGCGACAUUUGUUUUUCACUUCGAUACGUUCCAACAGCAGGUAAAUUAACAAUAACAAUACUCGAAGCUAAAAAUCUCAAAAAGAUGGAUGUCGGCGGACUUUCUGAUCCAUAUGUUAAAUUAUCAUUAAUGAUGAAUGGAAAACGUUUGAAAAAGAAGAAAACAUCGAUCAAAAAAUGUACAUUAAAUCCAUAUUAUAAUGAAUCAUUUACAUUUGAAGUACCGUUUGAACAAAUCCAAAAAGUGCAAUUAGUAGUUACCGUAGUUGAUUAUGAUCGUAUCGGUACAUCGGAGCCUAUUGGAAAAGUUGUUUUGGGUUGUAAUGCAACCGGCACUGAACUACGCCAUUGGUCCGAUAUGCUUGCAUCACCACGGCGGCCUAUUGCUCAGUGGCAUUCACUUAAAGAUCCUGAAGAUGGAAAGCCAUCAUAA